AUGAACAAUGUUGGAAUAUUAGAUGAAAGUUCUUUGCCGGGAAUAGUCAACCCUCCAGCACCUGUACCUAUCGAUAGGCCUCCAUUUCUUCUAGAAGCUCCUGAUGAUGUCGUUGCAGAGUAUUUCAAGAUAACAAUGGAUGAAAAGCUGACGAAAGGUGAGCUGAAACUUGCACUACAAGCUUGGAAAGCGUCUCUUCCACCUUUUCUACGAGUAGGCUUCCAGACGGUCGAUAUUGACGAUGAUGAAAGAGAGUAUCCGAAGUUUAAUAUCGCUGUGGUUAUAUUUGAGAUCAAGUAUUGUUUAGCAGAUAUAUGA